ACAAAUUAUUACAUUUCUUAAAUUUUCAAUAAUUUCACCGAUAUUCAAAAACUUUUUCAAAUUAGCAAACCAAAAUUAAAGAUUUAAAGAAAUUUAUAUAAAAAAUGGCUACAAAUGAUAAAUCUGUCCCAGUUGCAGAAAAAAUAAUACAUCCAGAUUGCGAAAAGGGUCGCACUAAAGGACCAGUCGUUACUGAUGCAAAUACGGUUAAAAAUACAGCAGAUACAAAUAAGGAUGGUAGAGGAUUUUUAUUUGACAUCAUUGUAGUGAGAUUGGAUAUACCGAACAUGACCAUAAGCGAUACCAGUAAAUUAUUAGUAGAUGUAACUUUUAAUGGCAAUAAUAUCUCUAUCACAUCAAGCCGUAUAAAUGUUUUGGAUUUUAAAGCACAGCGCAGUUUUGAAUUUGAUGCCAAUCCAAUGGAUUUGAAGUCAGAUUUAAGCAAAAAUCCUUUAAGAUUUAAAGUAAUGGAUGGAACAAUGGUUAUAGGUUAUGGUAGUUUGGAGUGGCCGGAGAAAUUUUUAUCCGGCUUAGAUGAAUGUGCUGGCGAAAUGACAUAUACAUUUGAAACUGAACUUCAAGAAUGUGAUGGUACCAAAACUGGGACCAUACAAGUAAUACUACGUCUUCAGCCGAAAUGUAAAGAAUAUGUGGAAGAUUCUUCUCCUGAGGCCAAAUGUCGCAAUGCAAAUAAGGAAAUUGAUCCCAAUGAUAUUUUGUUUGUAGUGGGCGAAGAAAAUAAUCCUUGUUGUUGUUCUCAAGUUGGUAUUAUACCGGCAUCGGAUUCUGAACACGAGCUUGUACCAAAAUGUUUAGAUUUGUCUAAUUUCCGAUCGGUAAAUAGUCAAAAUGUUGCGAAUACGGAUAUUUUGUCUUCCCUGGAUCCGGCUUGUCAAAAACUUAAGGAACUAACAAAUAAUUAUCAGAAACUUGUUGAUGCGGUAAUGACUAAAGGUAAGGGGGAAUAUAUUGAUAAUCGGAAGCGAAAUAGAGGAAAAGGUGAUACACUCAACACACUCCCUUCUGACUGCUGCUUGAAGGUUAACGUUCUUCCCUCGAGUUCAGAUUCUUACAGAAUGCCUUUAUUAUGUCCAUCAGAUAACAGAGAUUUUACUACAAAGAAUAUAAGACAAAUGGCCCACAAAGAUCCGCCACCGGAUUUAGUGGAGAAUGAACCGGAAUCUUUAAGACGCUGUCCGCUUUGUAAAGAAAAUAUGACAUUUUUGCCAAAAUUAGCUGCAUGUCCAAAUUGUUGCUACAAACCUGAACCCUAUUUCGAAGAGAAACCCUACAAUGAUACACAAACUGCUGAUCAAAUACUAAAUGAAUUUCAAGAUAAAUUACAUAACAACGAAGAUCCAUCAAGUAGUGAUACAAAUUUAAAUGGACAACAAAAAUGUCGGUGUUCCUGUAAAUAUGGGGCUAAUAAACCAUGUGCCCAUUGUCGUAUACGUAAACUUUGUGAACAUAUUUUUCAACCAGCUCCACCAAUGACAAACAACGAUGGGGUAGUCGAAGUAAAAUCUUCUGAACUUUAUUGUGCCAGCAGUGAUAAUCGGCCAUUUUUGACAAGAAUAUUUUCGGAAUUAAAAGAUAUUUACGAACUUGAAGAUGUGCGAAAGAAAGAAUUUGUACCGGAUGAACGUUGUGAAAGGGAGCUGAAUAAAGAGAAAAAACAAUCGAAGUUGAAAAACGAAAAGAAAGAGGAGGUUAAGAAUAAUAAUAAUGAAGUGGAAAAGGAAAUUAGUAAGCCCCAAAAAUGCAAAAAACGAAAGAAACGUUCGUUAAAACCGGCUUCGGAAUUGGCUGUUAAAAGUAGAUUAUAUGACUAUCAAUUAGUUCGACCAAAUUUUACUACACAAAUUCCGCAUAAAACGUGUAUUAAUGGUUUUGCCGGGCGUAAAAAUGUUCCCUCUAACAUGGGCUGGCUUUGGAAUAUACAAAAACGUGGCAAAUGGAAACCAGGUGCAAUUAGCAAACCCAUUAAAGAAUUAAUGAGAUAUUUUCUGAAGGAUUUUCCCGCCGAUACUUUACUCGUUUCCCAAUACUCCUACCGCAAAACGUCUAAAUCGAAAAAUACCAAAGUGCCUUCCGAUAAUCCCCAAUUGGUACAAAAACCCACUUUAUAUAUUCACAAAAAGAAUGGUGAAUACAUUAUCACCAUGAGGCCUCUUAAACCCCUAGAAAUUUUAAAAGAUUCAGCAGACCCUUAUGAAAAUAUGAAACCUAUACAAUUUCGUAUAGUUAAAAAUCCCCAACUAGAGGCAAUACGAAAUCUAAAGAAGUGUUUAAAAGAAAUGGGUUUUAAAAAGUGUACUUGCCAUAGACCUAUUAUGUAUUGUUAUUGUAGGAGUUUUUUGGAAAAAAAGAAAUUAGAAUAUCAGUGUAAUAAGGAAUGUAGUGUACGACAACUGGAGUCAUGUUGUGAUACAUUAGUUCUUUCGGAUACUAGCGAAAGUGAAGCAGAAUUUGAUUUUGGUGUAACACCACCGGUGGGUGUGAUAAAACCUGAGAAAUUAAAAAAAGUUAAUUUGAUAAACGUGGGUACUCAAUAUACGGAAUUAGAUUGGAAUCCAGAACCCCUAUUUCCCCAGCCACCAAAUAAAUAUAUGCAAAUGUAUCAAUGUGCGGUGGGAGAACGUAAAGCACCCAGUGAUGUUGGAGUUGGUGGAAAGGAAGGUGACAAAUCUGCUACAGCUGGAGCACUACGUGGUGGUGUUUGUGCCAAGGGAGGAGGAGGAGGAGUUCUAAGAGCCGGAGGUAAAACUGUGAGGGGCACUUCGUUCGGUGGUAAAACAGUGGCUGGUAAAGCUAUGGGAAACUCAGCUGUUGGUUUUAAAGGAGCUGGUGAUGGUUUAGCCGUCGGAAAAGUUGCUAACAAGGGAGGACCUGUUGGCGCUGCAACUACUGGUAAAUCUGGCAUUCUGGGUGAUACUGCUAAUGCUCCAAAGAGAAAAGUUGAUAUGUUAAAAUAUUCUAUGAGAGCUGUUAGAAGUAUAACGAAAGCCGACCUAGCCGCUAGAAGAAAAGAAAGAAUGAAUUUAUUAAAAGGUGCUAAUCCUCCUCUAUUAUGCAUGGUGGAUAGACUUGGUAAACCAAUAAAUCCCUGUGAUCCUUGUUUUUCAUGUGGCGAUAAUCAUAUAUGUUAAAUGUUUCUAUUGAACAUUUUCCAAUAAAAAAAUUUCUAUUUAAAGCAUGAUAAUGUCAGCUAAAUAUUUACCUACAUAUAAGUAUGUAUUUUAAUACAAUAAAAUAAUUUAAAUUAUA